AUGACAGGAGCUUCUAUUUGGUACAAAACCAAUUUCGAGCCUUACUGUAACUGGUUCCCCGGCUGGCGAGGAGAGCGGAACAAGCAGCCCAACGACGACGGGUUCAGCGGACAGGACUGCCUCGAGCUGAGGAGGCUGUAUACCCACUCUUCGGGGGCCACCCUCACCGCCAGCUACCAAUGGAACGACAGGGACUGCGCCACUCCCAACUACUACAUCUGUGAGGCCCUUCCAAAUGGUGAUAAAAUGCCCUCGGAGAAGGACAUGUGGAGAUCCGAGUGCAACAGGACCUUAACCCUGACCAUGGAAGAACCUGUGACCGUGGUGACCUCACCGGGGUUCCCUGACCACUAUCCUGACGACACCAUCUGCCUCGUCACCAUCAGCGCACCAUCGGCUUUCACAGUCCUCGUCGAAUUCGAGGAACUGGUUUUGGAGAAGGAACCAACGUGA